AUGGGAUCCACUGCUUCACAGAUCGACGCAGUGGUCUUAGAUGAACUUCUACGUGAAAUCGUGGAUUCAUCCAUGUCAGAUCUCCGUCACCGUCUCCAAGAAGCUGUAUUCGCCACGUCAUUCCGUCGAAAAAUUCUCGAACAACACGGUGCCACGUCAUCAUCUUCUGAAUCCGGCUCACAAAAACAGCUUCAAAAUCUUCUCGACGACUACAUAAAACCCCAAAAACUAUCUCUGGCGUUGGAGACGUUCACCCAAAAGCCAACUACAGUACACCCGGUGGAAUUAGUGACUGCUGAUGACGUGGCGAUUUCAGAAUCCGGACGUCUAUUUAAAGACGACGUCGAGUAUUCUGGAGAUAGUUCCACAUGGAAAUUCUUCCAAAUGCCACGUGUACCUGCCUACGUGGCAAUUACUGUAGUUGUUAUGUGUAUUUUGACGUUUCUGAUGUUUGUUGGCACUGUGAUCUACUUUUUGACUUCGAAAUGGAAACGAAAGAAAAAUUUGAAAAUGGAUUUGCCACGUGGAUUUUUGACAAGAAGUCAGAUGAUGAUGCCUGAUCCAUUGAGCGUGCAAGAUCAAAUUUCACGUCGCCACGUGGCGAGUUUCACGUUAAAGGAUCAAUUUUGUGACCCAGAAAAACCGAAAAUUUUGCAAUUCGGUGAUAUUUCGAUGGCUCAUCAUCGGAUUCAGGGAGGUGUAGUUCGUACGGAUUGCCGAAAAUCUCGGUGUCUUUCGAAACUGUUCGAUAUGAAUGUCUUCCUGAAGAUGGAAGUUAAUCAGGACACUGGAAGUUUCAAGGAACGAGGCGCCCGUUAUGCACUUCAGAAUUUGACGGAGGAGAAAAAGAAGGCGGGCGUCUAUGCAGCGUCCGCCGGGAAUCAUGCAUUGGCUCUGUCGUUGCAUGGGAAGCAAUUGGGGGUAGAGGUAAACGUAGUGAUGCCUAUCAUCGCACCUCUUAUGAAAAUCAAUCGUUGCCAAGAACUGGGCGCCAAUAUCCUAGUGAAGGGAAAUGACAUAGCGGAGAGUCGUGAAAUCGCUUUACAAUUGGCUCAUGAUAACCAAGGAACGUACAUCAACGGAUACGAUCAUUAUGAUAUUCUAGCGGGGGCGGGGACUGUGGGAUUGGAGAUUUUAGAGGAGUGUCCGAUGCCUGAUGCUAUUUUGGUACCCGUUGGUGGUGGUGGACUUGUUGCAGGAGUGGCAACCGCUGUGAAAGCGCUCUCUCCAAGUACUGAAGUGAUUGGAGUGGUUAGUGAGACGUGUCAAGCUAUUGUGAAAUCCCUCCAAGCAGGCCAUCCGGUCUACACACCGACUCGUCCUACAUUGGCAGACGGUUUGGCGGUGCCUAAUGCGGGAGUUAAUGCGUUCGCAUCGAUGAUAGGAAAAGUGGAUCGAGUGAUAAGUGUGGCUGAAAACGACAUUGCCGUUGCUAUUCUUCGUUUGAUUGAGAAUGAGAAAGUGGUGUGCGAAGGAGCCGGAGCUAUUGGAAUCGGAGCAAUUUUAUCGGGAAAACUGUCACAUUUGAAGGGAAAAAAUGUGGUUUCGAUUUUGUCGGGUGGAAACAUCGACAGUACUUCGUUGGGUAGAUGCAUAGAGAGAGGUCUUGCUUAUGAUCACCGCGUGAUUCGUCUCUCUGUAAUCAUACCGGAUAAGCCGGGUGGCUUAUCAAAGUUGACUGGAUUGGUGGGAGAGUUGAGCGGAAAUGUCAGAGAUUUGUAUUUGGAACGUGCAUUUAUGCGUAACGAUAUGUCAUCGCAACGUGUCAAAAUGGUGAUAGAAGUACGUGGAAAAGAGCAUGAGGAUGAGCUCAAAGCGAGAUUGGAGGAGGAAUACGACCCGGAGAACUGCCAAUUCAAAAAUAGUAAUCGAUUGAAGGGAUUGUAA